AUGGUUUCAAUAAAUAUCAAACAUUCUGGUGAUUUGGUGGCAUAUGCUUUGUAUGUAUUCAUAGCUGGCUUUGUUUCGACAGCAGGUACAACCGUACGGCCCGGAGCUGCCCGGGCACAAAACCACGCGGAAGGAAACGCGUCGCGUUAUAUCGUGGGUGGAGAUCCAACCUACCAAGGGGAGUUUCCGCAUCAUGUGGCGAUAUUACUAGACGACGAAUUCGUAUGUGGAGGAACAAUUCUUGACGAGUUUCAUGUUCUCACCACUGCAUACUGCCUCUUCCCGAAUGGACUUGCCAAUGGUGUAUACAAGGUGUUUGCCGGCGUAUGGCGCCCUGAUCAACCAGAUCCUGUUGCUCAACAAUGGACCGUUGAAGAUUACGUUGUGCACUCUCAGUUUGAUGUGAAUGACUAUGCAUCGCCAGAUAUUGCCGUUCUACGAAUUGGCUACGGCUUCACUUUCAACAAGUACGUGGGACCAGCGGCAAUACCAAGAACACGGGAAGAGGAGCAAAAAGUGCGACAUAUCGGCGACUGCGCUGUUGUCGGUUAUGGCCGCACCAAUGAGGCAAAAGAAAAGUACCCGAACAAACUACGAAAGAUCGAAGGACUAUUUCUUCGUAACUUCAAAACAUGUAACUCGGCACUAAGAAAGUCAGGAGCAGGCGGGAUGUCCAGAACCCAGAUGUGCUCGAUCAACCCGCCGAAAAACGUGUGUGUGGGUGACGGAGGAGGAGCGUUGGUGUGCCGGAAACCAAACACGGGGGACCAAUUGGUGGUGGGAGUAACUUCGUUCAUCCUCUCACCAUGCAGGACCACCGGCACCGCCUACUAUAUGCGCGCCUACCGUUUCAGGCAAUUUAUACAGAGGGCGAUUGCAAAGAUGGACAACAGGGCCUAA